AUGCUUAUAAUAUUUUUCAUAUUUCCUUUAUUCGUUUUUUGCUCGGAAUAUGCAAGACUCCCAAAAACAGUACUACCAUUAGAAUAUUAUCUAAAACUAACAGUUCAUUUUGAUGGAUAUGGUUAUAAACCACCAGCUGAUAAAAAUUACACAAUCGAUGGAAUAGUUAGUGUUAUUCUGAAUAUAACUGAAGCAAUUGAUAGAAUUGCGAUAAAUUCAAGACGACUUAAUUUUACCAAAGAAAACUGUAAAUUAGUUUUUCGAAAUCGGAAUAUCAACAUUACAUCAUUAGAAUUUGAUAUACAAAACGAGCAAGCUAUUUUUAUAUUGGAUCAAACUUUGGAACCAUUGAAAAAAUCAGAACCAAGAAAACAUUAUCUUAAUCUCACAAUCGCAUAUUCUGGUGUAAUUCUUGAUGAUAAAAAGGGCAUGUUCAGGUUGACUUAUAAAGAUGAGAACGAAAACGAAAAGUGAGUCAAUUAUUCUGAAUAACAAUUUCAAAAAUUUACAUCACUCCAGACCGGUUAUUGCAACUCACUUCGAAGAAAUAAAUGCUCAUCAAGCAGUUCCAUGUUUUGAUGAACCUUGGAUGAAAGCAAUUUGGAGAGUUGAAAUAACUCAUCCUGUUGGAAGUAUUGCACUUUCAAAUACAGCUGAACAUUCAAUUAAAUCAGUUGAUAACAAUCUGAAAACCACAAUUUUCCACCCAACACCAAUAAUGUCAUCAUAUUUAUUGGCUUUUGUUAUUUCUGAUCUUGAAUAUAUAAGUGAUUAUUCAGAAUCUGGAACAUUAGUUAGAGCUUUUGCACCAAAUCAUCAAUUGAAACUAGUGGAAUUCGGGUUGAAAACUGCUGUAAAUGCUUUGAAUUUUUUCGAAAAAAAAUAUGGAAUAAAAUAUGAAUUAUCCAAAAUUGAUUUGGUUCCUUUGGAUCAAUUCCAGUCUGGCGCAAUGGAAAAUUGGGGUUUGGUCACUUUUCGGUAAGCCAAUCGAGAAAAAUUUAGGUGUACGUACUGUUUAUAUAUUUUUUCUCAAUUCCAGCUCUGAUUGUUUGAUUGGGGAAAAUGAAAAUAUCGAAAGUAUUGUUCAACAUGAAAUAGCUCAUCAGUGGUUUGGAAAUAUAGUUACAACUGAAUGGUUUUCAGAAAUUUGGUUAAAUGAAGGAUUUGCAACAUUGUUUGAUUUCUUACAACCAUUUAGAAAUUUGGUGAGUUUUGUGUCCAGAACAAUUAAUUACAUUUUUAUUAGUUUUCGUACACAAUGUAUGGUGAUCUUCAUAGAAAAGGUUGGCGGCAAGAUAGGCCAGUAGUUAUAAAAACAUUGGAAAAGAAAUACAUUGACAUGGAUGGCUUUACAAGUCAUUACAAAUCAUCGCAAAUUUUAUAUAUGUUAUGGAAAAUAAUUGGAGAAGAAAAAUUUGAAGAAGGAGUUACAAAAUAUCUAAAAGAAAAUUUAUAUAAAUCUGUAAACUCCACAAUAUUUUAUCCAUAUUUAGCUGAUUUUAUGCCUCCAGAAAGUCCAAGCAUCGAAGAUUUUAUGAAUCCAUGGUUAGAACAAGUUGGAAUUCCAUUAGUCAUUGUGAAACAAUUCAAUUCUACACAUAAUAAGAUUACUCAAGAGAGAUUUGAUAAUGGAGUUUUAGAAAGUUAUCAAUUCCCAACACCAAAAUGGAAUUAUUCAUGGUAUAUUCCACUUUGGUAUAGAAACAAUAGUGAUUUUGAAAAAAUUGAAAAAAUGAUUUGGCUCAAACCCGGAAUACCAGAAUAUCUUCCUAAUCAGGAUAUCAGAUUUUCAAGAGGAUUGUUCCGUUUGGGCAUUUCUGACCCCAUAAUGCAGAGCGAGAAUUGGGAAACUUUUUCUUUGAAUUUUUUCUGGAAUACAGCUUUGGGAAUUCAAACAUUCGAAGAAUUGAAACAUUUCAUUCAAAUUCUACCAAAUGAUUUUUCUCUCAUAAAACUGCUCAAUCAUCUUUUUAUUUUGUUAUGGAAAUUGGAUGUGGAAGUUUACAUGAAUAUAACAGAAACUCAAAAAUAUAAAGUGGUUCAAGAUGAAAAACGCAUGUUAGUUUAGCGAGAUAUGUAUUAUAGAAAACGAAUAAUUUUACAGGCUGUCGGUGUUAUUAGAAAAACAAAAUGGGAACGCGAUUUUAAUCGAGAACUUAUCAAAAUAUAGAGCACGAAUUACAAAUGAAACCAUUUCAAUAUAUUUCGAUUUGAUUGUCAAAGAUGAGAAUUUGGCCUUUCAAAUCGGAAAAGAUACUAUCGGAGAAGCUAAAGAAAUAUUCCGCGAGCGAUGCAAAAACCAUGAAAAUGAACGUAUUCGAAUAAUUUACAAACAAUUGAAAAAAUUGGAUGAUUGGAGAGAAAAACAUACAAAUGAUGUAUUAGAAAUUGUCAAAAUUGUGUUUGAUUUUAUUGAGAAAAAAAAAGAAGUCGAUGAGUGA